AUGCCAAAUAACCCCCACGAGAAAUGUUAUUUAAGUUGCCUGCCAAGCGAACUCCUCCUGAUUGUUGCAGGUUCGCUCUUUAUCAAGGAUAUAAGCGCCUGGCUUCAAACCUCUCGCCUCUUCAGGAUCGUCCUCGAGUCGUUUUUGCACAGCAAGGCAGCAUCAGAAGACCCCGUCCGCAUCCUUAAGCGAGCAGCAGAGACCAGCCAACUCUCUCUCAUGACUAGAAUCCUCAAUAAUCCCGAGAAUUCCGCAUUGCUAUCGGAUUGGCGGGCCAAGGACGCGGCUCUGGUCUGCGCCGCGAGCCGAGGCCAAACGAAGGCCAUAAAGCUCCUUCUUGAAGUGGGAGUAAACGUCAACGAGCUCGUGGAUAAUGGUUCAGGGGGAAAAUGCACCGCACUCCACAAAGCAGCGGAACAUGGUCAUCUCAACCCCGCAAACGUCCUCAUCGAGCACGGCGCAGAUGUUAACGCCAGCGAUAGCUUCGGCAGGACAGUCCUCGAAGUCGCGGCAUGGACUGGGCAGCUUCAAAUGGCCAGAUUUCUCUUAAUCCGAGGUGCCGAUAUCCAAGCGAAGAACCUCAUUGCUCACGCCGCCGAGUCCACCAACGUCGACCUCAUGCGCUUCCUUUUGGACCGCGGCGCACAAAUUAAUGGGGGACAAUGUAGGGGCCAGCCUGCUCUAGUCUGGGCUACUCUGGACAGGAACCACGCCGCGUUAAGACUUCUGCUCGAACGUGGCGCAGAUCCCAAUGAGGUGGGUUAUGGCUGGGCGAUGGCUCCUCUCCAUAGUGCAGUCCAGCAAGUGGACAUCGUGGCGGCUCGGUUACUUCUCGCCCAUGGUGCUGACGUUAAUCUGCUCGACACCAGGGACCAUGUCCCGUUACAUUUGGCCGUCGAUGGGAAGGACGCCGGGCGAGAGGAACUGGUCCGUCUGCUCUUGGAGCGUGGUGCCGAUGUAUUCGCGAAAGCUGAGUGUGCUGCGUUACCAAUUGAUUACGCUAGGGACUGGGGAACAAAGGAAGUUGCGGAUAUGGUUCAAGAAGCGAUGGAGAAGGCGCAGAUGGAAUACAAAGGGGAGGAAACGCUAAGUUAUGCAACCCAGGUUCAGCGCAGCAAGGCUGAUGAAGGAUAA